CUCCACCCGGAAGAGCCGCCCGGGCUGCGAAGUUGAGGCGGCGCCGAGGCGCGUCCUACGUCGGGAGCGCGGGCUCUAGGCAGCCGCCCGCCCCAGCGCCGCUUGGGCCCGGGCACGCGGCGGGCCCGCCCGAGUCUGCGCGCCGCCAACAGCCCCGCGCACGCGCCCCGCCCCUGGUGGCGUCCUCGCGCCCCCGGCCCUACCGCCGGGCCGGAGCUUGCCGUGCCCCUUGGCUUCUGAAGCAGCACGCCUCCGGGGACUCCUACCACUGCGUACUGGCCAAUUCAAGAUGAAUAAUGAUCAAGUUACAUUGGUUGGACAAGUGUUUGAAUCCUAUGUUUCGGAAUACCACAAAAAUGAUAUUCUUCUAAUCUUAAAGGAAAAAGAUGAAGACAGUCAUUAUUCAGUAGUGGUUAAUGCCAUGACCCUUUUUGAAACCAACAUGGAAAUUGGCGAAUAUUUCAAUGCAUUUCCCAAUGAAGUACUUACUGUAUUUGAUAGUGCUCUACGAAGAUCAGCCUUGACAAUUCUCCAGUCCCAUUCUCAGCCUGAGGAUAUCUCCAUGAAGCAGAAUCUUCAUGCCAGGAUAUCAGGUUUGCCUGUCUGUCCUGAGCUGGUGAGGGAGCAUAUCCCUAAAACCAAGGAUGUGGGACACUUUUUAUCUGUCACUGGAACAGUGAUCCGAACAAGUCUGGUAAAGGUCCUGGAAUUUGAGCGGGAUUACAUGUGUAACAAAUGCAAGCAUGUAUUUGUGGUCAAGGCUGACUUUGAACAAUAUUACACCUUCUGCCGACCAAAAUCGUGUCCCAGUUUGGAAAGCUGUGAUUCUUCAAAAUUCACUUGUCUAUCAGACUUAUCUUCAUCUCCAGCCAGGUGUAGAGAUUACCAGGAAAUUAAAAUUCAGGAACAGGUUCAAAGGCUAUCUGUUGGAAGUAUUCCACGAUCCAUGAAGGUUAUCCUGGAAGAUGAUUUAGUAGACAGUUGCAAAUCUGGUGAUGAUCUCACUAUUUAUGGAGUGGUAAUGCAGCGGUGGAAGCCCCUUCAGCAAGAUAUGCGCUGUGAGGUGGAGAUAGUUCUGAAGGCUAAUUACGUCCAAGUAAAUAAUGAACAAUCUGGAGGGAUUGUCAUGGAUGAAGAGGUCCGAAAGGAAUAUGAAGAGUUUUGGGAAUACUAUAAGAGUGAUCCCUUCGCAGGAAGGAACGAGAUACUGGCCAGCUUGUGCCCUCAAGUUUUUGGGUUGUAUCUAGUAAAGCUUGCCGUGGCCAUGGUGCUGGCUGGUGGGAUUCAAAGAACUGAUGCUACAGGAACACGAAUCAGAGGUGAAUCUCAUCUUUUACUGGUCGGGGAUCCUGGCACAGGAAAAUCUCAGUUCCUCAAAUAUGCUGCAAAAAUUACACCAAGAUCUGUGCUUACCACAGGAAUUGGAUCUACUAGUGCAGGUCUAACGGUAACUGCUGUGAAAGACUCAGGAGAAUGGAAUUUAGAGGCUGGGGCAUUAGUCCUUGCAGAUGCAGGCCUCUGCUGUAUUGAUGAGUUUAAUAGCCUCAAAGAGCAUGACAGAACCAGUAUCCAUGAAGCAAUGGAGCAACAAACCAUAAGUGUUGCUAAGGCUGGGCUUGUGUGCAAGCUGAACACGAGGACCACCAUCCUGGCAGCAACUAACCCCAAAGGCCAGUACGACCCCCACGAAUCUGUCUCUGUGAACAUUGCCCUUGGCAGCCCUCUCUUAAGCCGAUUUGACCUGAUCCUUGUUUUGCUUGAUACCAAGAAUGAAGACUGGGAUCGCAUAAUUUCUUCCUUUAUCUUAGAAAAUAAAGGUUACCCAAGCAAAUCAGAGAAGCUCUGGAGUAUGGACAAGAUGAAGACUUACUUCUGCCUCAUCAGGACCCUGCAGCCUAAACUGUCUGACAUGGGGAAUCAAGUUCUUCUUCGAUACUACCAAAUGCAGAGGCAGAGUGAUUCCCGGAAUGCUGCCCGCACCACCAUCCGCCUAUUGGAAAGCUUGAUACGACUAGCAGAAGCACAUGCUCGCCUGAUGUUUCGUGACACGGUGACUCUGGAAGAUGCUGUUACAGUGGUAUCAGUAAUGGAGUCUUCAAUGCAGGGAGGGGCGCUGCUCGGAGGUGUGAAUGCACUUCACACUUCCUUUCCUGAAAACCCCCUGGAGGAGUACCAAAGACAGUGUGAACUCAUUCUGGAAAAGCUAGAGCUGCACGACCUCUUGAGUGAAGAGUUAACAAGACUUCAAAGGUUGCGGAAUCAAAGUGGGACCCAAUCCCAACAACAGGCUACGGAAGCAGAGUCUACUCCAGAAUUCAUGAGCAAUGACCAAGGUGAAAAAUCCACAUUUAGAACUUCCACACCCCAGGAAAUGAAUUGUGGCCGGCAUAUCUCUUCCCCUGGAGGUAGUCCCAAGGAAAAGCCGCUUCUUGAUCUCUCAUCCCAUGUGGGGCCUAAUAGAUCAAAUAGAAAGCAUUCAGCUGAGCUCAGAACUAACCAAGAUAAUGGUUUAGACCAGUUUGAUACCAUGGUACCUCAUCAAAGUGAACAAAAAAAUACUGUUUCUGCAUCUUUUAGUUCCAAAACAGCUGCAGGAGAAAUGGCUUUUAAAGUCCACAACGAAUUUCAAGGAAAGGAAAAGAAUCAGCUGGGUCAAACUGGCCAACUUCCAGCUCCAGCAGAGACAGAGGGUACAGGGAGGCCAGAUGAUGUUGAGAGUGAAAAGGCAGCAGUAGUACCUGAAGCUGUAGUAUCUGCUGAUGAACCGAACUCAGUGCUGACUCAUCAUGUCCCCAGGAAACUGCACAAACUGCACAAGGGAAGAGCCCAGAAGUGUAGAAGCACCAACACAACACCUUCACUCCCCACUUGCCCUUCUCCUCAAUGCACACCUGUCCCUAGCCCAGAAAAAAUGCUGAAAACUCCCAAAAGAAAGAGACAGAAAUCCCUCACUCUGGCUGAAGAGCCUGAACUUGAAAAUGUUGAGAGUCAAGGUCCCCCUUUAGCCAAACUGGCAAAGUUUACUUUCAUACGGAAGUCCAAACUGAUCCACUGCCCUCAAGACCACAGCUAUGAGUCUCCUGGUACAACUAAAGUAACAGUUGAGAGUCCUAACCCUUCCCAAUGUAGAACAGGAGAAGAAGCAGUGCUACCUGGGAAGGGCUCAGAAAGGUUGACAUCCAUCUCAGGAAACUGAAGCUCAGAACAGCUACUGGGCAAUGCAAAGGAGGUGCCACAACAGCCACCACAGAAACAUGGAUCAAGAGAUAAAAGAGAAUGUUUUCCUGAAAAGAGAAUUAUACAGCCUGAAUUAGAGCUGAGGCAUGAGACUGGGCAUUUUCAUCUUACUGGUGAAAAAGAUGGAAAGGAGCUUUCGUGCAAUAAUAAAAGUGGCAAGGUUCAUGCUUCUACCUUAACCAAAUUGGCAAAUUUCUCCUUCACUUCCUCUGAAUCCAAAGAAGAAUCCACAUCUCCUCCUAAAAGUAAGAACUGGAGUGAGAAAGGCCCAAGCCUUCCUUCUACCACCACAGCCCCAAUAUUUGGCAGUAAAAGGAAAAGUUUUCAGCUAGAGAGUUCCACUGAGAAAUUGAAUCUUUCAAAAAAAUCUCUCUUCUCUUUAUCAGAACUAGAUGAUGAAGCAUUAGAUUUUGAUUGGGAAGAAGAAAUGAGAAAAAAACCAUAAUCAUGAAAAGCUUUUUGAUCAGCUUUCAGCUUCUUAUCCCAAUAUAACACUUUGAAGGUAGCAGUAUAGUAUUUGUAAGGGUAGAAAACUGUUGACCCUACUAAGUUGGCAUUCUCAAACUAGCUCCACUAGCAGGUUUUAUAAUUUCAGAUAUAACUUCUUGACUUAAAGAAUUGUAAAUCUGCUUAAGUAAGGGCAGCAUUAGCUCUGAAUCAAAUGCUUCACAUUGUGCUUAAUUUGCAAAGGGGAGUACUUGUGUUCCCAAAGAAGUCCCUGUUUGGGGUUUGUUGGUAGUUGAUUUUUUAGGGGCCACAGGGUCUUCGUUAGGUCACUUAUUUUACUCAUUGUGACUCAGUGCCAGGCUUGUGGUGCUCAUAUGCUAUUCAAAGCAGACAAACUGCUCCUCUAGUUUUCCUUUUAUUUGUUUCUUAGUGUUUCAUCCAAGAUUUACCAGGUACUGUGUAUAUUCAUUAGGAUUUGCCAAAAUCAUGUGCUUUUUCUAAACUUGUCUGAGUUUAUUUUCAUGUCAGAUUAAAUGCCACUAGUGCUUUUUUCUCUUUGAGAGGCAUCUUUCUAAGUCCAUGGUAACCCUGAAGCUGAUCAAACAGUAUUUCUCUGACAUACAGGCUUUUUGGUUUAACCAUUUUUUAGCCAACAUGUGCUUCAAGGUAAUCUUUAACUCUUGGGGACCUGUCUUCCGCACACUUUAAAUCCAUAAUUGGAGGGAGGGUGUGCAGUAGCUUUCAAUCAUGUAUCAUGGCAUGUAGCCAAGUGAUUGAGAAGAAAAAAGAACUACUAAAUCAUGAUACAUUUGUCUUUAAAACAAAGCAAGUGACUAUAUUUGGGAGGAAUGGACAUCUUAAAUGCUUGAAAUAAGUUUUUCCUUCACAUUCUAGUAUGGGUUGCUAGAAUUCUGUAACUGGAGACUUUUUCUUAAUUAUGAAUCUGAAAAAUAAUUAGUAUAUUGUUUAAUUUAGGGACUUUCAGACAUGAGGAACAUGUUAAAACUUGGCUUACUGUUCACUUCAGAGCCAGGGAGAUAGCUUAAAGGUCUGGAGUUUAUGCUUUGACAUCAGAGCCCCAAAUGUUCAAUCCCCAGCACUUGAAGAUCCCUUGAGCACUGCUGGGAGCACCCCUCAAGCACUGAUCUGGGAGACUCCCCUGAGCACUGUUGGUUGUGGCCACAAAGCAACAGCAAAAAGACAAAGUUCAUUUCAUCAGAUUAUACUGGAAAAGUAAAGAUUCCCAGUUUUUCUUGAAUGUUAACACCAGAAUUGAUAACAUUUUCAGGAACGCUUUAAACUUUGACUAGAAAGUUAGAAUGGAUGAGUCUUUUGAAGUUUUCAAACUGUUUCAGCAGCUAAUCAGAGACGUAUAAGAUAUAAAAUUUAUUGUUAUGAAUUUAGUUCUCCCUAUUUAAAACAUCAAGACUGGUCUAAGUUCUUUGUUGUUUCUGUACUUAAUAAUGUCCCAGCAUAGUAUGAAUAUUAAUUUUCUAAAUUGCUAUCUUUCAAUAUAACUACUCCUAAGUUUCACUGUACUUGCUAAAACAAAAAGAAAGGCUCUAGGUUGUUGGCAAAUUGAAUUGAUCUGGCUAUGGUAUGUUUUGGUAGCCUAGGAUAUUUUAAUUCAUAGCCUCUUGUUGAUGAGCUGCUUUUAAAAAAUUAAUAAUAAUAAAGGGCCUCCCCAGAACUCUUCAGGGGCUGAGAGGUGUGUGGAUGGGCAGGGCCCACUUCCAUCUCCACGGGUGCUCAUCCUGGACCCAGUAGUGCUGGGAGUUCACCAGGUCCACAUGCUAUGGUGCUGCGGUGCAAGGCCGGGGGGGGGGGGGGGC